AUGAAACUCAUCGUCGCGAUCAUUCAGCCCAGCCGCCUGGAGGCGGUGAAGACCGCACUCAGUGAAGUCGAGGUCGUCCGUCUCACGGUGAUGGACGUGCAAGGGUUUGGUCGCCAGCAGGGGCAUCCUGAGCAGUUCCGCAAGCACGAAGUGAGCGUGAAUCUGGUCCGAAAAGUCCAGCUUCAAAUCGCCGUGAACGACAAGUUCGUAGAGCCCACGAUCGAGGCCAUCCUUAAGGGCGGACGUACGGGCGAUACCGGCGAGAUUGGCGACGGGAAGAUUUUCAUUCUCCCCCUGGAAGACUGCAUUCGCAUCCGCACCGGUGAGCAAGGAGGCGAUCUCGACAUGCAUCGUGACAUUACCCGCCGCACGAUUCGAGUAGCGGCAGCUUUCUUUGCCAUCGGUUGUGGGGCUCUGUUCCCCCUAGUUGUGACUGGCCAGGAGGAAGCUGCCUCAGGCGAGGUAGUCGAGUCGCCUGAGACUUCGAUUUCCUUGGAUUUCACCACGCUGGUGGUUCUGCCCUCAGACAUACAACUUUCCAGCACCGAAGCUCGCCAGCGGCUGUUAGUCGAGCGGCAGCGUGCGAUCGGUGACGAAGGCGACAUGGCGUACGUGGCCGACGUCUCAGAGGAAGCGACAUUCGCCAGCAGCGACGAAUCGGUCGCGGUGGUCGAAGACGGAAUUCUCCUACCGCGCGGCGACGGACAGGCCACCAUCACGGCCAGCAUUGGCGAUGAGCAAGCCACGGUGAACGUGACCGUAAGCAACCAACAGCAGCCCUUUCAAUGGAGCUUUCGGAAUCACGUUCAAUCGGUGCUGACCAAAACCGGCUGCAACUCGGGGGCCUGUCAUGGUGCUCAGGCCGGGAAGAAUGGUUUCAAGCUUUCGCUUCGCGGGUACGAUCCGUUCGGCGAUUACGACGUUCUUACGCGACAAGCGCGGGGCAGAAGAAUCGUCCCUACCGAUCCCGGUCGCAGCCUGGUUUUGCUCAAGCCGGCCGGUGCGGUGCCGCACAAAGGUGGGUUUCGUUUCGACGUGGAUAGUCGCGAGUAUCGUGUGCUAGCCGAGUGGAUCGCCGCCGCCACGCCACCACCGACGGAAGACGAUCCCCGCAUCGAACACAUUGAGGUAUUGCCCGAGCAAGCUGUGCUUGGUGUUGACGCAACGCAGCAGCUCAUCGUAAAGGCCCGAUUCAGUGAUGGGCACGAGGAGGACGUAACUCCCUGGGUCAAAUAUGAAGCGACGAACAGCUCUGUGGCCGAAGUCGACGAUCAGGGACGUGUGCAAGUGGUCGGCGAGGGUGAAGGCGUGAUCACCGUGUGGUACCUGAGUCGCGUGACCACUGCCACGAUCACGGUGCCCCUUACUCAGGAAUUACCAGAGAACACCUUUGCCGAAUCGCCCCGUCGGAACUUCAUCGACGACCUGGUGCUCGAGAAACUGGAAAGCAUCAAUAUGCCGCCCUCACCUCGCUGCUCCGAUUCGGAGUUCAUCCGUAGGGCCUACCUCGACACGAUUGGUGUCCUGCCGACUGCCGAACGCACUCGAGAGUUCCUUGCCGAAACCAGCGAAGACAAACGCGAUCGGCUGAUCGAGGAAUUAUUGGAACGGCCCGAGUUUGUCGACUACUGGGCCUACAAGUGGUCGGAUUUGCUGCUGGUCAACUCAUCGAGCUUACAGCCGCCCGCGAUGUGGGCCUACUACGAUUGGGUGCGGAAUAAUGUGGCUGCAAAUACUCCGUGGGACGAGAUGGUUCGCGAUGUGCUGACCGCCACGGGCAGCACGCUCGAGAACGGGGCGACCAACUUCUACGUGCUGCAUCAAGAUCCGGCCGACUUGACUGAGACCACAUCCCAGGCGUUUCUCGGCAUGUCGAUUAUGUGCGCGAAGUGCCACAACCACCCGCUGGAGAAAUGGACCAACGACCAGUACUACGCCAUGGCCAAUCUGUAUGCCCGCGUUCGGGUGAAAGAUGCAGAUGGGGCCGGGCAUAGCAUUGUCUUCAAUACCGAUCGCGGUGACCUGGUGCAGCCGCUACGUGGCGAACCCCAACCGCCGACGCCGCUCGAUGGCGAACCGUUGCCGCUGGACUCACAGGCCGAUCGCCGGGCGCAUUUGGCCGAUUGGGUCGUGUCACCGGAGAACCCUUACUUCGCCCGGGCCAUCACCAACCGGGUGUGGGCGAACUUCUUCGAUGCUGGAUUGGUCGAAUCGGUGGACGACUUGCGUCUAACGAACCCGGCCAGCAACGGGAAACUGUUGGCCGCCGUGUCUCAGCAUCUGAUCGACAACGAGUUCGAUCUGAAAACCCUGAUGCGAACCAUCCUUCAGUCGGAAACUUACCAACGCGAUAGCAAACCGUUAGAAGGAAACGUGGGGGACGAGCGAUUCUAUUCCCGCUACUACCCCCGACGGUUGAUGGCCGAAGUGCUGCUCGAUGCCACAUCUCAGGUGACGAUGGCCCCGGCACAGUUUGCUGGCUAUCCCGCUGGCUGGCGAGCGAUGCAGUUGCCCGACUCGAGCGUCGACUCGUACUUUUUGAAGACCUUCGGCCGCCCCGAGCGGGUGAUCACUUGCGAGUGCGAGCGGACCGAAGCUCCCAGCAUGGUACAGGUGCUGCAUCUCUCCAACGGCGACACAUUGAACCAGAAGCUGGCCGCCGCGGGGAAUCGCAUCGAAAAACUGCUCGCGGAGAAUGCCUCGCCCGAACAGAUCGUUGAAGAGGCUUACCUGAACGCGCUGAGCCGGUAUCCGACCGACGAGGAACGUGAGCAGCUUCUGCAAGUUUUCGCCGAUACACCGGCCGAGGAACGCAGAGCUGCAACCGAAGACCUGUUCUGGAGCAUCCUCACCAGCAAAGAAUUCUUGUUCAACCACUAA